CUCUGAGCUGAAUGAGAGAUCCCGAUGUGAUAGUCAAGGAACGAGCUCUUUUUCCUCCCCCGGCUUGAUGCUUCUCCGCCUUAGUCACCACGUGACCUAUUUUGCCUGCCAGCGUCAAGGGAGUAGGGAAACUGGCCAUCUAGCGCUCUUGCCUGGGUUCCCUCAUGGCAACUAUCCUCGAUCUUUGAUUUCUUUUCCUUUACAUCUUUUAAAGGGCUGCCUGAAGCCUGCGCCGAGGCGGCAGUCCCGUCUUGUGCUUCUAUCAUUGCCCUGGCGUGAGACAGGUCGCUCACGAUUUCCGACCUCCACACAACUCCUUGGUCUUGAAGCACCUAUUUUAUUCAAUCCUAAAUAUCUCUCAGCUCACAAUUCAGAAUUGGGCGACUAAAGCUCCAAUCACCCUUGCGCGCAUUCAAUAUCCCCAACCCUCAGACAUAAACAAAA